AUGGUGGCAAGACGAAGAAAUUGGUCUGAGGAAGAAGCCUCACGGUUAUUUGCGCAAGUAACCCAGUUUCUUAAAAGGUGCGCGAACAAAGUGGAAGUCUGUCGUCAACUCUUUGCUCAAUUUCCUGGACAGAAUGUUGAAGGCAUCAAGAAACAGUUGAUGAAGAUGCGCUGGCCGAGGCGGAGGCCUUGUUCGGAGUUGUUGCUUUGGGACUCACCGGUGGUGCUUCGUGUUCCUCCGAUAGAGCUUCAUGAGGUUGGUGCGGAGUCGACUGGAAGUAACUUGGUGUCCGAUAAGACGACCACUAACCAGGAUCCAUAUCAGAACGAAGAGGCCCUUGAGCCAAACCUUAUGCAGUUCUCCUAUGAGGAACAGUACCGUUCAUUCCUGGAGGGUCUUUGGCGUGAAUCUGACCCGCACGGGGUGUUCGGUGAGUUGGUUGGUCUAAUACCGCCGGACGGGGAGGAGGGUGCCUCUCCUAAGGUGGCUCUUGAAAUGAUCAAAUCGCCGAUGGGGGCGGAGGUUGCCUCUCCUAAGGCUGGACUGAAGGUUGCCAAUUGGUCUGUCGAAAUACUAACCCAUAGCAUUACGGAAUUGAAGCACUUUUCGUACUGGGAUGACCUGGCUGGUCAGCUUGCUGAGAAGUUGCAAAACGGCACGCUCCACAAAAGUGCAGGCGUGGUGCGUCUGUGCGAGAUAACGGAGCAGUUUUUCCACUUAAAUGGCAUCCCCCGACGCAACGGAGAACCUGUACUGCUGGUGGCAGGCGGGCGAUCCGGAAGGCCAACUAUGCAGCAAUCCAGAAACUCUGGAUAA